AUGGGAAUUGCUGGUAAACUUCUUCGUUUGUGUCGCCCCAGUAGGAGAAACGAAGGGGAUGAGGGACGAACAAUCCGUCCUGGAUAUCCAACUAAUGAGUAUUGUGACAAUAGAAUGAAGAGCCAUAAGUAUACUAUUCUUACAUUUCUUCCCAUUAACCUCUUUGAGCAGUUUCACCGUCCAAUUAAUCUUUACUUUUUGCUAGUUACGGCAUUGCAGUUUGUGCCGUCUUUAUCUCCUGUAAGUCCAUUUACUACACUUGUUCCAUUGACUAUUGCUUUUUUAAUUACCGCUAUUAAGGAGGGUGUUGAUGACUGGCGUAGACAUCGUCUGGAUAACAUUUGUAAUUCUAGACGAUAUAAUGUUAUUGAUAUUGAAAGACUCACUAUUGAAGAUGUGAAAUGUAGUGAUAUACAAGUGGGAGAUGUUAUUCUUUUGUUACCUAUGCAAGUGGUCCCAUGUGAUGUUGUUUUACUUCUUUCCUCAGGUGAUAAUGGUGAAGUAACAAUAUCAACUGAAGCUUUAGAUGGUGAAACGGCUUGUAAAAAACGUUACGCAGUCUUAAGUGACAUGUACGCACAACGACCAUCUUCAAGUGUUCUUACUGUUGAUUCAACUCAAGAUGAUGAGAGUGAUAUACGUGCGGCAGCAGAAUUUAUCAGAGAUGCCAAUUGUAUUAUUGAAUCUGAAGGACCAAAACCUUUUUUAAACAGUUUUACUGGAGCUGUUAGAGCACGAAUGCCUCAUGGUAAUGAAGCUGAAGAUGAAGAAGUAUUACUUGGUAUAAGUGCUGAAAAUGUUGCUCUUAAUACGAGUGUUGUAAAGAAUACUCGAUUCGCUCUUGGAGUUGCUGUAUUAACAGGUAAUGAAACGAGAGUUGCCAUGACUCGGGCUGCUCCACCAACAAAAUGGUCUAUUAUUGAUCAAAGCUUUAAUCGAAUGGUACUUGUUGUUUUUAUUCUUCAAUUUCUUUUAGUUUUUGUAUUUGUGGCUUUAUCAGUUACACAAUUACGAAAAGAUCAAUGGAAACUUUGGUAUCUUGGAACUUAUGACAAAAUUGCCUUAACAGAAUAUACUAUGGUAUUACCAUUACGUUUUUUUUUGUUAGUAUCACCGAUGGUACCACUUUCAUUUAAAGUUAUGGUGGAUGCAUCCAAAGCGUAUAUGAGUAGACUUAUUAUGUGGGAUAAAGAUAUGUCAGAUGAGAAUGGAGAUGCCGAAGUUCAUAAUUCCUCCCUUACAGAAGACCUUGGACGUGUGGAAUAUGUUUUAACAGAUAAAACAGGUACAUUAACACGAAAUUGUAUGAAUCUUAAUUGUAUUGUUACAGCAAAUGAUAAAAUGUUUGCCCCUGAUGUACCUCAUGAAGCAUCUUACCUUAAAAGAUCUUUAAAAGAAGAUGAUUUACUCUUACAAUUAAUGCGUACACUUGUUUACUGCAAUACUGUAGAAAGUGUUAUUCAUGUGACUGCAAAUGUGGCACAACCAUCAUCUUUAGGGGCUCCACCAACCUCCGCGUGGGUUUCACCUUCACCAGAUGAAGUAGCACUAGUGGAAGGAGCUGCACAUCUUGGUGUAAAAUUACUUGAACGAACUCGUAAACGAGCAUUUGUGGCAUUUGGUGAAAAAGUUGAAUCUGCAACUAUACUUCAGGUAUUGUCAUUUACUCCAGAACGUCGUCGAAUGAGUGUUCUUCUUCAACUAGAUGGAGAUUCACAAUAUCUUCUUGUAACAAAAGGAUCAGAUGAAAGUGUACUACCUAGAUGUGUAACGAGUUCUUAUAGUGGGUUUUCAAGUUUGAAUAUGAUUAGUCGAUUAAGUCGUGAAGGACUUCGGAUUUUAGUGAGUGCUUAUCGUUAUGUUUCUGAAGAAGAAGCACAAAAUUGGCUUACAGAAAUUCGCAAAGCAGGAGCUGUUAUUUCUGCAGAUGUUCGUGCAUUAAAUGUUACUCAAUCGUAUGAACAUAUAGAGAAAGAUCUUAUCUACUGUGGUAUUGCUGCUGUAGAAGAUCAGUUACAAGAUAAUCUCUCUCAUACGAUUGCACAGAUGAGGUUAGCUGGAAUGCGAGUAUGGAUGUUAACUGGAGAUAAAAGUCAAACUGCUAAACAGACUGCUAUUGCUAGUGGUCUAGUAGGUCCAGAUGAAAGAAUUGUUGCCUUAACACCAGAUGAUGUAGAAUCUAUCUCAGAACGUGAACACCUAGAGUAUGUUAGAGAUCGUAUUAAUUAUGCUUUGCGUAGAAAACAAUUUGAAGAAGCUGAAAAGGAGCAUCUUUUCCUUUCAUCUACCUAUGUACGAUCUGGACUUUCUGAGAUAGUUGAUGAUUUCAUUAAACAUAAAUCUGCUUUAUCCCUUAUGGCUCAAACGAAAUGUCGUAAAAUAGAAGUAGAUCAACAAGAUCACUAUUAUUAUUAUCAUAAUAAUAAUAAUAAUAAUAAUAAUAAUAAUAAUAAUAAUAAUAAUAAUAAUAAUUCACAUAAAGAACAAGAACAACAACAAAUUUAUGAUGAUAUUUUAAGAGGUGAAAGGGAAGCAAUGUUAUCUAGUGUAUCAUCAAAGGAAUGUAAGGGUUAUGUUAUCUCUUUCUCUGGUAAAACACUUGAACUUCUUAAAGGACAUGAUAAUAAUGAACUUUUUUCUGAUUUUAAAAGAGUAUUAUUACAUGCUUCAACAGUUAUUUGCAGUCGUAUGACUCCAGAUCAAAAAUCUUUUGUUGUACGUGUUGUAAAGAAAGCAGGACAUGUAACAUUAGCUGUUGGUGAUGGGGGAAAUGAUGUUUCAAUGAUUCAAUGUGCUCAUGUAGGUGUUGGUAUAAAAGGAAAAGAAGGUGGACAGGCAGCAGCAGCUUCCGAUAUAGUUUUAUCACAAUUUUCUUUCUUAUCUAAGUUAUUAUUAUUUCAUGGUCAUACCGCUUUUCAACGAUCUGCUAUUAUAGUACAACAAAGUUUUUGGAAAACAGUUACUUUAGCAUGGAUGCAAUUACUUUUUAAUAUAUAUGCAGAAUUUUCUGGAGUUACAUUUUGGGAUUCUUUUGCACUAACUAUGUAUAACUCUUUCUUUACAGCACCAGUAACAUUUUUAUGUGCAAUGAAUAUGCCAUUGUCAUCAUCAAUUCUUCUUGGUAAUUCAAAGUUAUACACUCUAUCUCAAAGAGGACGAUACUUUAAUACGAUAACCUUUUAUGGAUAUAUAUUUAGAGGAUUUCUUCAUGGUACGGUAAUUUUUUUUCUUUCUAUGGGUUCUCUUCUUGAUGCGAGUGGGGGAAUAAUGCGAUCUGGUCAUCCUGUAGAUCGUUCUUGCGAUUUUUAUGUUUCUUGCUUUGCUUUAGUAACGCUCCAUUCGAGCAUCAUCCUUCUGGAGGCACACUCCAUUACUUUACUUCAUUGGUCUGCCCUGUUGUGGUCUGUGGCGGCGUUGUUUCUUCUUUUCACGGUUUACUCCCUUGUGGCCUCCACCCCGUCCUUCCGCGAGUUGCUGCGGGACGGGCGGUUUUAUCUCCAGUGGCUGCUGGGCGUGGCGGUGCCGCUCGUGACGCUGGCGAUGUACGCGGCGGUGAAGUUCUUUUUCUUCCCGGACCUCCUGCAGCUGCAGCGCCUCGUCCUCCACCGCGCCGCCGCCGGCCCGCGGCCCCCCCGCGCCCUCCCCCUCCCGCCGGACGACGCCCCCUCGCAGUUCCUCGCGUCCCUCUCCCCCGCGAGCCUCUGCGGCGACACCACCCGCCGCGCCUGCCUCAGCGCCGUCUCCGUCCUCGCCAGCUCCGUCGACCUGCAGUCACUCCAGAGUGGCGAAAGACGAUCCUGCUCAACAGCAGAUGGAAAGACAACAUCGCCCUCGCGUCGUGACUCUGUCGUUCUCUCUGAACCGUUUCUAAAGAUGUAG